AUGAAUUUCUCUCCUCAAAUAUUUUUCCAAUUCUUAUCCAUCCGAGAGUUUUCUUGGAAUUUGUCUAAUUUCAGGUAUGAUAAAACCAUCGAGGAAUGCGAUACUUCGGAAAACCAGACUAGUGGAGGAAAUAAGAGGAAGGAAGGACCAACAUUUGAUGCUCUCGUUCGCAUUGCUGCACUUUGCAAUAGAGCCGAGUUCAAGCCGGGCCAACAGGACCUUCCAAUACUUCGACGUGAUUGCACUGGCGAUGCGUCAGAGAUUGCUCUACUUAAGUUCACCGAGCUGACAAUUGGAAACAUUGCUGGAUUUCGUGAAAAAUCUCCAAAAGUGGCUGAGAUUCCGUUCAAUUCAACAAAUAAGUACCAGGUGUCCAUUCAUGAGAUUCCCAACAGCGAGAACUAUCUUCUUGUUAUGAAAGGAGCUCCUGAACGAAUUCUUGAUGGUGAGCUACUCCAAUUAUAACA